GGCACUUCCAAUCCAGGAAAUCUUUUAGAGGAAAAGUACUUGGAGCUACACUAUAAACUGGUUAUACCCGUCUACCAGUACACAUACAUGGCAAUAACAGAGUAAUACCUUUGAAGACCACCUGCACCUUGUUUGCAUCCGAAGCCGAUCACCACUUUUAAAUACCAAUGAGAUAUGUUCCACUCCACAGAACGACAGGUUUUGCAGAAUAACAAAACCUACCCCAAACGGUCAAAGAACCAGUGGGAGAUACCGCCCCCCGCUGCUUUCCGGCUUAAGCAAAUCUUGAAAAAAGACCUUUCGGAGGAAAACAACAAUGUCCGCGAGGGGUUUGCCAAUGUCAGCACCAACUACCGGAAGGAUCUUACGGAGGCGUUAGAAGCCCAUGGAGCGACCCAGGACGUGAUAUGCGAUACAACCGGAAAGAUAAUCACCCGAAUGAAGGUCAUAAAUCGCAAGGUUCUGCAGUUGGGCAGUGCACAGCAGCGGAACGUCAUGAUGCUCGACCGCAGCUUGUGCGACUUGGACGAGGAGCUCGCUAAAACGCUUCUGAACAUUCAGAGCGUGGUUGUGUGUCUCCACACACUCGAAGCUGAGUUGGGGCCCGAGGAUAGGUUGGGCGUGAGGGGCUCGUUACACAAACAGCAGUUUCCGAAGCUCCAUAGGUUAAUGAUGAAGCAGCACCCCGCAGCAGAGCCUAACGACGAGGAGGCGGAGCUGGAUGUAUCAUUUGCUAUGGAUGACACUAUGAAUCGCGAGUUGGAAGACGAGGUGCGAAUGCGAAUUGAAAGACAUGGGAGCGAAACAGAAAUACUGGGGCAUGGGAGUGACGCGGAAAUGAGGUCCAAUGAGAUUCAAACUACGAAGGGGAAUUUUGCCGACGUAUCUCAGAGCAUCCUGGAUACACUCAAAGGUGAACUGGGUUUAUCUGAAUAUAAUGAGUCACAUCCUGAAGCUACGCGGGAUAUUGCAGAGCAUACGACUCAUUCUAAGGGCAGCUUGAUUCCUCCGGAGACUGUCGUCUAUGCUGAGACUGAUAGCAUCACCAAUCCCGAAACAGUCCCAUUGGAAGAAAAUGCCAAUGACUCAACGGCUGUUGAGCUCGUAUCAGUUUUGAAUAUUCCUAGUCUUGUAGCUCCUCCUGAGGAUGCCCCAGCCGUCCUUGAAGGCAUCUCCGACGCCUUUCUGACUGGAUUAUAUCCUACAAAACCGCAUGCAACCGACAAGGAGCUGGAAAAAGGAGAGGAAAUGAAUGUGUUCACUCCACCCAACAUAUUGCCUUCCAGUGACCUGGAAACCGAUGCAGAUGCCUGUAGCAUCCGUACGUUGAACAAACUGGAUGCAUUUACGAUGAUAUUUUCUGCUUCGCCGCCCGUCUCUAGCGUAGCCUCCACCGAUUUGGAGCCUGGAACCACAACCACCGCGACCUCGACAAAAAACAUUAGCAUAGCUUUUGAAGGGCUAAGCAAAACCGUUGAUACCACUUUAGAGGCAGAGACCAAACGUUCAGAGGAACCCGCUCAAUCCGAGACGGAACGUAAAAUUGUCACCCGGGCAUCCGAGCAUUCAGUCCGGACAAAACCAGCUCUGCAGAAAGAAUGUACCCUGGCUGUCGAGCCACCUUCGCCGUAUUUGUCCCCUGACGAAACUACACCAAAACUAGCACCUAUUGAUACCGAUGUCCCCAUGGCAUCCAUCGAUCUCAUCCCUGCCUUCGACCUCGAGGGCUCACUCAACCUGUACCGGAUGUACCAAGAAAAGCAAAAGCACGAUGUAUUAACCUCAUCAGUGUUCAAAAACCCUGUUGCUAUGGUUAACAGUAAGGCUGGCCAUUCUACCAAAGGUGAUGCCACGUUUGCGUUCAACGAUACAAUCUCCGAGAUUAGCCAGUCCAGUGACGAUGCGCCUGAGUACGGCGCGCUGGACCAUUCCAGUGACUAUCUCUUAAAAGCAUCACCCACUGUGGUGAGCACUCCUGUUAUGGCAUCCAACAACCAAGCGAGUGGCUCUAGCUGGCUUAAUGCUCGUUUGAUGGGUAGCCUGCAACCUGCUCGUGAGGGAACGGUUAUUCCUUCCAGGAUUAUUGUGAAGGAUUUGUUCAGCCGGUAUAACGCCGCUCUGGAAAUAGUGGACCACCAGUCUACAAGGCCCACCACCUCCCACGAUACCCCUAAUAGUGCAGACUUAGCGUCAGAUCACGGUGGCAGUACCGGCCCACUAUUUUCGAAAAAUUUUAGUGUCAAGAGAAAGGCGAGUGUCGCGUCUGCAAUUUCGACCACCACGAUAGACGGCGGGAUACUGUGUUCGGCUGACAGCUCCAUUGCGGAGAGCUUUGCUUCUAUAUCCAGGGUCCUGUCUGAUUUCUCACAUGGCCUAGACACCAGCUCGUUGAUAGCCAACUUGAGUUCACUUGGCUCCGCUCCAGGUGUUGCCGGUAGAGGCCAUGACGAGAGAUCAAGUUCUCCGGGCGUGAGAGAUUUUCCGGCUCCUGACACCCUUUCCGUCGUAAAACACCGGCAGAAGGUGAGACAGCAUUCUAACGUGACGACUGCCUCGGCGAGAUCUUUUGGUUCGGCAUCGUCUCGUGCGUCUCUGGCGGGCAGUGAUUUUGCCGAGAGCCUGCGGUUAGUAUUGGGGCUGCGGGCUUCUGGGGCGCUGCCUAAUGUGGCCAAUCUUGAAAAAGUGUUGAAGCCAUAACAGGUGGAAUGCCACUAGAGAUACAGGUGGAAAGCCACUAGAGAUACAGAUUUGUAUAAAACCAUUGGUUGAUGUAUAGCAACGCUGCAUUUAGUUUACGCCUAAUUACCAGCCACAUUGUAAAUCCAC